UCGGCGCGCUCGCGCUGCUUGCUGUCGUUGUAGUGGCCCGUUAUGUUUCUUGGUGCAACAAACGGUCAUCCAAUCACAGCUGAUUCUGCGGCUCUGAAUCAGCAAUUUAAAAUAAAAUCUCACCUGUUUUACCAGUAACUGUUACUGUUACGUCAGAAAUGCUGUUCAGCUGCGCAGAGCCCGUCUGUUCUAAAGAAACUGAGGCGGAUUAACUCCGUGUCACACUGGUCAAGGCUUUCUGACCAAUCGCCGCACUUAACGGAUGUGAGAAUAUAGCCAUUCGGAGACUUGCUGAACACUGACGGGCUCUCUGGCCUUCUGAUAGGUCUCUGCACUGAAGAGGUUUAUUUUCCUUCGGUUCAUAACUUAAUUCGUCCAGAGACUGCAGCCCGUCCGGAGGACAGAGCGGCUCUUUAGCGAGCUACAGAGAUGAAUCGUCUUGGAGUGGUGUGCAUCUGCCUGGCUUUGGUGGCUUCAGUCAUGGCAAGACGAGGAGGAGGUGGUGGCUUUAAAGGGGGUUUCAGCUGGGGCAAAGGAGGCAGCUCAAGUAGUAAAGGAACAGGCACCAAAGGGUCAUCAUCAAGUGGAACACGCUCACAACCAGCAAAUUACCCUCGUCAACCUCAAGUGCCUAACCAAAAUCCACCACCAUACCCUGGCACUGGUGGAGGGUACCCAGGCUCCUACCCAGGAAGAGGUGGUGUGGGAGGAUACCCCAACCAGGGAGGGUACCCCAGUCAGGGAAGAUACCCCAAUCAAGGAGGGUACCCCAAUCAAGGAGGGUAUCCCAAUCAAGGAGGGUACCCCAAUCAGGGAGGGUACCCUAAUCCGGGAGGAUAUCCCGGACAAGGACGCUAUCCAAGUCAAGGAGGCUAUCCAGGAGCAGGAUCAUAUCCAGGUGCAGGUUCAUACCCCAACAACUACCCAGGACGGAGUGGGGGGUAUGGCAACCCUUAUCCUCAAGGAGGCUCUUACCCUGGUUACCCAGUACGAGGCGCAUCUUAUCCCGGUUCCUCUCCCAACCAGUAUGGUGGUGUGGCAGGUGCAGGAGGAUACCCUGGAGCAGCACAGUACCCCUACUGGAACCCCAACAAUAAAAUUAUCAGCCCUCGUUAUGGUGGAAACUUUGGGUAUGGUGGUUAUGGAUAUCCUGGAGCUGGAGGCUCUCCUUUUGCCCAGUCUGUGCAUAAUAUGGGUAUGAGGCCCUCUAUACAGUCAAAGGGCUUUGGUAGGCAAGCAGUAAUGGCCGCUGGAGUUGGUGCUGUGGCAGGCAUGGCAUUAGGUUAUGGCCUGGGCAGUUUCCCGCGCCCACACUUUGCGUUUCACAGCCCACAGGAAGAAUAUUACUAUAACCACUACAUGUACAGACGUUAUGGCACUAGACCCUCUGACAGUAACACAAACCCCAGCUCUCCAGGUGGUGGAGCAGGUGAUUCUGGAACAAGCUCCACUGGCUCAGGAGUCAGCAAUGCUUACGAUAUCUUCCAAAACCCUCCACCGCAGUCGUAUGACACAUACAUGGAUCGCUGUAUGAACAGAACAGACUUACUGCGAGGGCAACCGGCUGGCAGAAGUAAGAGAUCUGUUGAAGAUACACAGCCACUGGGGGCAUCAGACAAUGUUCAAGGAGGUGAUACAAACAUCACACAAGGAGAGAAACCAGCUGGGGCAGCAGAGGUUCAGGUGUCAGAUAGUAGUGCACAAAGUGAGAGCCCUGGAAUAGAGAGCAAGUCCGCUAACAUUACAGAUAGCCCUCUACCUGUUGCUGCAAAGCUUACCGGUGCUACUGAGCCACCCCCUCAACCUUGGGAGGAGAGGGAGGAAGACGAUACUGUAAGCAUAAUGGAGAUCGGCUAUCCCGCGCUGAUCGAGCAACUGAAAGCCCGACGCUGUAUUGAACUUUACAUGGCUUAUGCAGAGCACCACGCUCAGAAGCAGAUCCAAGACCGCAGCAGUGGUGACGAGUCUUUCAGAGGAGGUGGAGAGCAGCCCAGGCCCUUCAGCCACAGCGUCAUACUAGUGCUGAGCAGCACCAUAUCCCUGAUCAUCAGCUCCCUGCUAUUGCACUAAUCAUAAAAUUUUUAGAGAACCUCUAGAGCAACUUCUUCCGUUAUGUUGAUACAAGUUAAAUUAACUUUAGAAAAACAUAAUCUGUUCUCUAAGGGGUAGACGAUCUGUUGAAAAGUGAUGACACCAAGUCACCCAGAGAUGUGGAGUCCCAGUUUUGUCUACUUUAUAACUAAUAAGGGAAUUGGGUUAUUAAACCAUAUUUAUAUAUACAUAUUACUAUCCAUCUGAAUCCAUUGCUGUUCUAUGUAAGUGAUACUGGUUAAAUGCAUGGGACAGGGCAGUGCCCCCAUGACUUUAUAAUGACUGCUGAAACCAACUUGAUAUCUGGCUAUUGUUAGAGCUGAAGGCCCUUGUAAAGCAUAUGUUCUUCAUUAUUCUGAAUGAAGCUGAAAUUUUGUCACUGCCAUGUCAUCAUGAUUGUCAUCAUCAUGACCUCACUGCAUGAGAUUGUAUGCAGGCUGCUGCCCCGCCCAUCUGCAUGAUGUCUUGGUUUCUGCAAACACAAAACACAUGGCUUUGGGAUCUAUUUAUAUACAUAAUGCUUAGAAAAUUGGAUAUCUGGCCUAGACUACUGAAGAAGGCUCACUCCCUACAGAGGGUUUUCAUUUGCACAGGUCGUUCAUGUAUUUAUUUAUUUAAACACGCUGCAGUUUUUUGCAUUUAGAUUUUUUGGACAUAUUUUAGUGCACUUGUGGUUUUGUGUUUGUCACUGUCAGUUAAUCACUCUGUACUAUAAUAGUAUGCCACUCCAGGCUCUAUUAAGUUACGAAUCUGAAUCUGCUCAAAGAAAUUAGUGCGUUACACUCCGCUGACGCUUGUGUAAAAAUGGUGUUAGUCUGUAAGGAUACACAAUAUGAAUGUAUUUAUGAGUUCACAAGGUUAUUAUUGGUACUAUAUGAACUCUUGGGCUUCAACUGAAAUAUUUAUUUUUGAUUAAUGUUUGAAAUAGUUUUACACUUUUCACUUUGAUUUGUUUGUUUAUUAUGUUGCUUGUAAUUCAGUUAUAUUGUCACGUUCCUGGUCUGCUGUUAAUGCUCCCAAGAUAGUUGUCACUUGUGUUUGAAUAGUAUGCUUAGGUUGGGGGUGGUGAGUACUUUGCAUACUGCUCUUUGAUGCCUUGUAGCAGACACUGUCAAAGCUGGAGUUGGAAAGUUAGUGUGUUGCUGUGUUUGUCUGAUUGUGAUGAUGCUGCCUGUAAUCAUUGUACAGUAAAUUUAACCCACUGUAAUGGUUACUAUUCCUCUGUACAUGCUAAAUUUUAAAUUAAACUGUGUUUGACUGUUC